UGCUCAGGUUCAUCAGGUUCAGGAAAUGGUUCAGAUAACGGUUCAUCAGGCAAAGGAAACAAUGCUUCAUCAUCAUCAUCAACAUCAUCAGGAAACGCAAAUGACUCUGCUGCUGCUACCGCUGCUAAUGCUGCUGCUGCUUCAGCUGCCGCUGCCGCUGCUGCUGCUGGUUCUUCAGGAUCAUCUACUGGUAAAGGACAAAACAAUGGAUCAGGAGCAUCUAACAACGGUCAAUCAUCAUCAGGAUCAUCAGGAACAGGAUCAUCAGCUGGUUCAUCAUCAUCAUCUGCUGCUGCUGCUUCAUCUGCUGCUGCUGCUGGCUCAGGUUCAUCAGGUUCAGGAAAUGGUUCAGAUAACGGUUCAUCAGGCAAAGGAAACAAUGCUUCAUCAUCAUCAUCAACAUCAUCAGGAAACGCAAAUGACUCUGCUGCUGCUACCGCUGCUAAUGCUGCUGCUGCUUCAGCUGCCGCUGCUUCUGCCGCUGCCGCUGCUGCUGCUGGUUCUUCAGGAUCAUCUACUGGUAAAGGACAAAACAAUGGAUCAGGAGCAUCUAACAACGGUCAAUCAUCAUCAGGAUCAUCAGGAACAGGAUCAUCAGCUGGUUCAUCAUCAUCAUCUGCUGCUGCUGCUUCAUCUGCUGCUGCUGCUGGCUCAGGUUCAUCAGGUUCAGGAAAUGGUUCAGAUAACGGUUCAUCAGGCAAAGGAAACAAUGCUUCAUCAUCAUCAUCAACAUCAUCAGGAAACGCAAAUGACUCUGCUGCUGCUACCGCUGCCGCUGCUGCUGCUGGUUCUUCAGGAUCAUCUACUGGUAAAGGACAAAACAAUGGAUCAGGAGCAUCUAACAACGGUCAAUCAUCAUCAGGAUCAUCAGGAACAGGAUCAUCAGCUGGUUCAUCAUCAUCAUCUGCUGCUGCUGCUUCAUCUGCUGCUGCUGCUGGCUCAGGUUCAUCAGGUUCAGGAAAUGGUUCAGAUAACGGUUCAUCAGGCAAAGGAAACAAUGCUUCAUCAUCAUCAUCAACAUCAUCAGGAAACGCAAAUGACUCUGCUGCUGCUACCGCUGCUAAUGCUGCUGCUGCUAAUGCUGCUGCUGGUUCUUCAGGAUCAUCUACUGAUAGUAUGCAGCAAAGCAUUCUUCUUGAAUUUUUGGCAGGGGUAGCUCUCAAGUAG